CUCCGGUCCGAAGCCAGACGUUUGCAUGAAAAGGAGCGAAAGUUUAGAGAGAAGGAGAAGAAACAGCUGACUUUGGGCUUUGGUCUGUACACAGUGUUACUGCAGCCUGCAGGAGCACACAGCCUCAGAAGGGACAAGAAAACUCCAACCAAAAUGCUGUCCACCCAGUGUCUGCCCUGCUGCACAGUCAUUGUGUUAGUGCUAUUCGAGCUGGCUCUUGCCCAGUACGAACACCUCGGCUACCCACCAGGCUACCCUGACCCAGAACAGGAACACUAUAUCGCCCCCCAGCUGUCGCCAGACACGCCCAGGAUUCAGCUCCGAUUAGCCGGGGAUAAGAGGAAACACAACGAGGGUCGCGUGGAGGUUUUCUACAACAAUGAAUGGGGCACUGUAUGCGAUGACGACUUCACUAUCCACGCCGCUCAGGUGGUGUGCAGGGAGCUGGGCUACCUGGAAGCCAUCUCAUGGUCACCAUCCUCGAAAUAUGGGAAAGGACAAGGACCCAUCUGGUUUGACAAUCUUCACUGCACUGGCAAGGAAAAGACUCUUGCGCUGUGUCCUUCCAACGGGAUCGGUGUUUCAGACUGCAAACACAGUGAAGACGUGGGUGUGGUGUGCAGCGACAAGAGAAUCCCGGGAUUUAAAUUUGUCAACACCCUGCCCAACCAUGUAGAGAACCUUGAUAUUCAAGUUGAGGACGUGCGCAUACGAGCCAUCCUGUCGUCGUACCGUAAGCGAAUCCCUGUAACAGAGGGAUAUGUGGAGGUCAAGGAUGGCGGUAAAUGGAAGCAGAUCUGUAACACAGAGUGGACCCAGCUUGACAGCAGAGUCAUCUGUGGCAUGUUUGGCUUCCCCGGAGAGAGGAAGUACAAUGCCAGAGUCUACAAGAUGUUUGCUCGCCGGAAAAAGCCCACAUACUGGGACUACGCUGUUAACUGCACUGGCAAUGAAGCCCAUCUGUCCAGCUGUAAACUGGGCCAGGCUUCAUCACUGAAGUUGAAUGGGACCUGUGCUGGAGGGUUGCCUGUGGUGGUGAGCUGCGUGCCCGGUAGAGACUUUGCCCCAACGUCCAUGACGGGAUUUAGGAAGGCCUUCAGACAAGAGCAACCGUUGGUUCGUCUUCGUGGUGGGGCCAUCGUAGGCGAGGGCCGAGUGGAGGUGUUGAAAAAUGGAGAGUGGGGCACCAUAUGUGAUGAUAACUGGAACCUGCUGUCUGCCACCGUGGUGUGUCGAGAGCUGGGCUUUGGUACGGCCAUAGAGGCCCUGUCUGGAGGUCGCCUGGGACAAGGAAUGGGCCCAGUGCAUAUGAAUGAGGUGCAGUGCACUGGAUUUGAGAAGUCCAUCACAGAGUGUGUCUUCAACAAGGAGGCUCUUGGUUGCAGCCAUGAGGAGGAUGCAGCUGUCAGAUGCAAUGUUCCUUCUAUGGGCUUCCAGCAGUCGCUGCGUCUGAGUGGAGGUCGUAACCCCCAUGAGGGCCGUGUGGAGGUGCUGGUGGAGAGGAAUGGUUCCCUGGUGUGGGGGACGGUGUGCAGUGAAAGCUGGGGAACCAUGGAGGCCAUGGUGGUCUGCAGACAGCUGGGCCUGGGCUUCGCCAGCAACGCAUUCCAGGAGACUUGGUAUUGGCCAGGAGAGGUGAGUGCCGACAAUGUGGUGAUGAGUGGCGUUCGCUGCUCUGGUACUGAGAUGUCUCUGUCCCACUGCCUGCACCACGGAGCCCACCUCAGCUGCGCUAAAGGAGGAGGACGCAACGCCGCCGGAGUCUCCUGCUCUGAGACGGCUCCUGACCUGGUGUUGAACCCUCAGGUGGUGGAGCAGACCACCUACAUGGAAGACAGGCCUAUGUUCAUGCUGCAAUGUGCGCACGAGGAGGAAUGUCUGUCCUCAACCGCCAACCAGGUGCCAGCCAACUCCUACCGCCGCCUGUUGCGCUUCUCCUCCCAGAUCCACAACAACGGCCAGUCUGACUUCCGGCCCAAAGCUGGCAGACACUCCUGGGUGUGGCACGACUGCCACAGGCAUUAUCACAGCAUGGAGGUGUUUACCCUAUAUGACCUGUUCUCCCUCAAUGGAACCAAAGUGGCAGAAGGACACAAAGCAAGUUUUUGCCUGGAGGACUCAGAGUGUGAUGAAGGUAUUGAAAAGAGAUAUGAAUGUGCUAACUUUGGAGAUCAAGGCAUCACUGUGGGCUGCUGGGAUACCUACAGGCAUGACAUUGACUGCCAGUGGGUCGAUAUAACUGAUAUCAAACCUGGAGAUUACAUUUUCCAGAUAGUAAUUAAUCCAAACUAUGAGGUACCUGAGUCAGACUACACCAAUAAUAUCAUGAAAUGCAGAUGUCGAUAUGAUGGCCAUCGUGUGUGGAUGUACAGCUGCCAUAAUGGUGGCUCAUUAAGCACUGAAAAUGAACAAACGUUCCCAGGCCUUCUCAACAACCAGGUGACCCACAGGUAAAGACAAAACCCCCGACCCCCCCACCACCCUUCACCUUGACACCAUCUGAAGCCCUCCAACCACUACACAUCCUCCCUCUGUGGUGGAUUCCGCUUGCCAGCCCCGCCCCGGUACAAAGCAGCUUUUUAUGUUCGACCCCACACCCUCCUUUCCCACCCAGCUGAAAUAAUAUACUAUCUCCCCCUACUGUCCAAAAAGUGGCAGCUACAGCCUUACCAACACUUCCAACGUCGCUGGUUAAGAUCAAGAGAAUGGCGAAGCUCUCCUUCUGCCCUGUGACUUUUGUUUUUGUUUUUGAACAAGUGAUGAAAUAGAUGUGCCAGGAAGUGGCAGGUAUUUUACACAAGGUACAGCAUUGGGCAAUGUCAUCAAGAAUGUGCCUUCUUUUAAAGUGCAGCACUUUAACAAAAACCCGCUGCAACACUUUUUGUUCAAAGCUCAUCCUGGAGAGGUUGGAUGUCAGUGUCAGGUUGCCUGAGGAUUAAGAGGAAUCAUCAAAAACAGCUGUGGUUUGUCUUUGGAAAUAAAUGCAGUAUUAUAUCACUUUUUUGGGAGUUUCAUAAAGGGCCUUUUACACAUUAAGUCCACUUACUGUACACUGAGUUUGUUGCACAGGCCAACUGAGCAUUUAUUUUGCAUGUCUGUUAUUUAAGAUGAAGUUCACAACUUCAUUGAGGAGUUUAUGCAAAUAAAGCUGUGGCACAAGCAAGUCCUCAAAAAGCAAACAGCCCAUUCAUCACAAAUUACAAGUGCUAAUUACCCAAUUCAACCAUAAAACUAAUCCACCAAGGCUGAAAUAUUACAUGCUGAUCCUCAAAGUGCCCCAAAGCUUUCUUUUAUGUAACUGGGAUUCUCUGAAAUUGCUCUGGAAAACUACUUGGACAAGACUGGAUACAAUCUGAAUUAGGUGAGUUUCGAUACAAUCCUUUGAGGGCAUUGGUGUUGCAAAGUGCGUGGGAAGCAAUUUGAGUUAGUCCAGAAAUUAUUGAAAAAAUGAUUUGAGAAAGAUUUAGCUCACAGAUGUACCUAUAAUUUACAUUACAGUAUGCAUUGUCAUUGUUUGACCAGCACUGUUGGAUAGCUUUCCAGUUAUUUUGCACACUGAUUUAAAAUUGGGUUGUCUUCUGUUUGGUAAAUGAGGCCAUUUUGAACUGACUGAGAUCAAUUUCAGUUCCAAGACAUUGUCUUACGCUUUCCUUUUUAUGAUAUGUAGCAAUAUUUAGCUUUUGAAGCUAAUAAGGGACCUCACAUUUCUUUUUUCUCAUUGUUCAGUGUCUUUAUGCUGAACAAGGAGGAAUCUCUCACAUUCAUUACACUUACCAUCUUUAAAGAGCAAUUUAACACCACCUAUAAAUCUUGAACAUUAAAGAGAAAAUAGAGAUAAUCCGCGGAAGCUAUGACUGGCUAGCACUUAAGCGGUUAGCUCCCCAGGCAGCUACCAACUAGCCCUAAGACUAUUGUCACUACGUCACUAAACUUCUAGAAAAUUUCGCAAAGACGCACUAAUCGAUUUUGCUGUACCGCUUUCUGGUAUGACCAGGCCUUAAAGCAUUAACACCACUGUUCUAUCACCGGCUAACAGCCAGUAGUUGUAUGCUAGCACAACUAGCCUCAACUUCAGCUUGCAUGUAUCCAAAGGCAACGUCUAGGAAAGCUGUUCAAAGUGUGGCUCUACAUUACUUUGGCACAAUUCGGAAAUGUGUGAUUGAAAAUCUUUUAGAUCGCACAAAUUUACGCUUUCUAAACUCCCAGGAACUCCUCUCCCCACUUGCGUUCCACACUAUACAUCCAUGGUUACACAUUGUGUGUGUGUGUGUGUGUGUGUGUGUGUGUGUGUGUCACCUUGCGGGAUUUCAGAAUGAGACUUCACCAUCUUCCCAUAAUGUAGUCAGACACUUAAUAUCAAUCUGAGCCUGUCGGUGGCAAUAAGAACAAUUUUUUGUGGACAUACAUUUACGGUGGUUUCAUUGCAGCCCACUUUGCGGCGGCCAUUUACAGCAUUCUUGCUCAAUACUGGACCAAUUUCAAAGAUUUUUGUUCACAUUAGACACAAAGUCAUGGGUCACUGUUGAAAAAUACCGAAAUUCCACUUUAAUACACUUCAGUCUAUAUGUUACUUAAGUGUGUCUUAAGUCUCAGACAGUGGCACUCUACAGGAGGAUCAUAGGACUGUUCUACAGUAACAUGCUUUCAAAUAAAGGAAGGUUUCAGCGAUUACCUCACUGCCUUAUAUGUUGCUUUAACAAGGAAACCGAAGAGCACAGAUAUCUUCUCAGAGAAGGCUCAUGAAUAACAUUUCCCCCAUGUUAGAGUUGCAGAUAUUAAUUACUUACUGUUAUUGAAGUUAGUUGUUAUUAAGUUUUAUUCCUUUACAAAAAAAUAUGUUACGUACAAUAUUAUGUGUGAAUCCUAUUUUAUUGUAGUAUGUUUUAUAAUGGUGCUAUCAAACUGGUCCUCUGUUUUCUGAGGGUACAGUACAUGUUGAACAGCUACAUUAUGUAUACUAACAGUAUACUUGAACUGAGUGUAAGGAACAAUUUGCUUUGUGUGUUAAACUAUAAUAAAUGUCUGAGUUAAGGAGCAACCAAA